UUUCCCGUCUGCAGGUACGAGUCCAACGGUUCAGUUUAUUUUGACACAGCCAAGUUUGCCAGCAGCCAGAAGCACGCGUACGGCAAGCUGGUACCUGAGGCGGUCGGGGACAUGAAAGCUCUGCAGGAGGGAGAGGGAGAUCUGAGUGUCUCAGCAGACCAGCUCAGUGAGAAGAGGUCGCAGAAUGACUUUGCCCUGUGGAAGGCCUCUAAGCCGGGGGAGCCGUCCUGGGACUCACCCUGGGGAAAGGGACGGCCUGGCUGGCAUAUCGAAUGUUCCGCUAUGGCUGGUUCCAUCUUGGGAGAGUCCAUGGACAUCCACGGGGGAGGGUUUGACCUCCGAUUCCCCCAUCACGAUAAUGAGUUGGCUCAGUCGGAGGCUUACUUUGAGAAUGACCACUGGGUUCGCUACUUCCUGCACACUGGUCACCUGACCAUCGCAGGCUGCAAGAUGUCCAAAUCUCUCAAGAACUUCAUCACCAUCAAGGAUGCCCUGGCGAAGAACACAGCUCGGCAGCUCCGUCUAGCCUUCCUGAUGCAUUCCUGGAAGGACACCCUGGACUACUCCUCCAACACCAUGGAGUCGGCUGUCCACUACGAGAAAUUCCUGAAUGAGUUUUUCCUCAACGUCAAAGACAUUCUGCGAGCUCCCUGUGACGUCACCGGACAGUUUGAGAAGUGGGAGGCAGCAGAGAUGGAACUCAACGAGAGUUUCUAUGAGAGGAAGGCAGCAGUCCACGCGGCGCUGUGUGACAACGUGGACACGCGCAGCACCAUGGAGGAGAUGAGGGUGCUGGUAACCCAGAGCAACACCUACAUAGCCAGUAGGAAGAGCUCCAAGCUGCAGCCCAACCGCAUGCUGAUGAAGAGCAUCGCUCUCUACCUGACUGACAUGCUCAAGACCUUUGGGGCCAUCGAAGGGACCGAGCCUAUUGGAUUCCCAGUGGGAGGAGAUGGUCACCAUGUGGAUAUGGAGACCACAGUGAUGCCCUAUCUGAAGGUGCUGUCAGACUUCAGAGAAUCUGUUCGCAAAAUUGCCAGAGAACAGAAUGUGACAGAGGUUCUACAGCUGUGUGACGUGGUCCGUAAUGACACCUUACCUGAGCUGGGGGUGCGUCUAGAAGACCAUGAAGGCCUUCCCACUGUGGUGAAGCUGGUGGACAAAGAGACCCUGCUGAGGGAGAGGAAUGAGAAAAAGAAGAUGGAGGACGAGAAGAAGAACAAGAAAGAGGAGGCUGCCAAGAAGAAGCAGGAGCAGGAGUUGGCCAAACUUGCGAAGAUGAAAAUCUCCCCGUGCGAUAUGUUCCGCUCUGAGACCGACAAGUAUUCCAGCUUUGAUGAGACGGGUUUCCCCACACAUGACGUGGAGGGGAAGGAUCUCAGUAAGGGACAGACCAAGAAGCUGCGGAAACUCCACGAGGCCCAGGAGAAACUGCACCAAGAGUAUCUCCAGACCAAUCAAAAUGGCUGCUGAGAGUCCUGGGCCACGUUCAGUUGUCAAACGUUCUCGAAUGUUGCAGAUGGUUACGCCACUAUUGGAGUCGACAUGAUUCCUGAAUCUACACGUCAGAGAGAAGCAUGUUUGUUCUACGUGGCAUAUUUCUAUCUGAACGUUCCCGAAACGUUGCGUCCUGCUGAACACGCCCCCUCCCGCGCUCCGCCCAUAGCGAUAGUUCUGUCCUCAUUUGUCGUUAUUCAGUUCCUCCAAUCAUUUUCUUUUGCUAAAUCAACAAUUCCCUGCAUAUUAUGUGAGGGCUUGCAAAUUUGACCAAUCACCGCACUCUCCGAAUAAAGCAGUCAAAUCGUCGCAAUAUUAUUGCAUAAAAAUGUACCCAUCACCGCAGUACAAAAAGAGAGCUUGCAAUUUCAACCAAUCCCCUCACAUUUACUGCGUAAUAUAGUUCAUUCAAGCCACACGACAAAACUUUUCCCUCGUCAGUGUAUUUUCCAGACCAAUUGUACAAAAUCAUCGUAUAUCGCUAUGCAGAAUUGCAGUAGCAAAAUAAAGCUUGUUUUUUUUUCUCUCAGAAAAUUCCACAAAAAAAAUCACUGUCAAUUCCUGGAGGGCCUGACUAUUGGUGAUGCUGAGGCCAGAGAGACCCUGGGUGUGUUUCAAUAGUCUAAAGAAUGAUCUCCUCGUCUCCUCUUAUCCUGAGUGGACAGGUCAGGACGGUGGAGGGUUCUUUUCUUUCUCCUCUCCACCUCUUUUACAUUAGAGCAGGUGAAAGAUGAGAUGAAACUGCAUUCCACUAUUGAGGUGCAUCCACCCUCCCAGUGUUUUUAAGACCUUGAGACACAACCUGGGCUCCUUUGCACUGCACUCCAUGGGGUCACUUUUAAAGGGUUGGUUCAAUCAAAAUCUGUAUUUGAUCAAUUUUCUGUUUUGUUUUUGUGAUUGACUGUAACAACAGUUCGGAUUCGGUUCCUUUCCUACAGCUCCCACCGGCUAAGAUUGGUAUCGAUAACCUCAGUUUCACUUGUUUUAGCUUUAACUAAAUUGCGUGCCAAAAUGAACUCUGCGUAAAACCACGCCUGGGGGUAGUCGAUAGCGACGCUGAAAUGUGUCUGUGGUUGCUUUAGCAAAGUAAUAAUAACCUACUAUUUGUGGUUGUAGACACUCCCUGGCCCGACGACAACCUUGCAAGCUGAAGAAAAUGAUGACAUUCAGGUGAACUAUCCCUAUAGACAACAGUUUGUCUGUUGAAAUGAGUCCUCUGAAACCCUUUGUGGGCCCAGGCUUCCAUGUGCUGUAGAUUGACUCGUCACACAGUGAUCGUUUCAGCUCUCCACUGGAAACUGCUAUUCAGGGCUGUUAUUGGUUGGCAGCGUGUCCUACAACCGUCCAGUGAGGUUUCAUUUCCCUCUCCACCAUGACUGCAUAUCAUUCCUUUUUCAAAUUCCGAUAUUAUGACUGAGAGGACAUUGAGGUUGAUACACAGUGAGGUUGAUACACAGUGAGGUUGAUACACAGUGAGGUUGAUACACAGUGAGGUUGAUACACAGUGAGGUUGAUACACAGUGAAGUUGAUACACAGUGACGUUGAAUUAAUGCACGAUUGCAAUGCAGAGAUGAUCACAGAAACAUUUGUUCCAGAGGCGUCCUUGGGGGUUUUGGUCUUUCACAUGACAAAAUAACAUGCUUUGAGCAGGUGUUAGGCAUGUUGCAACGAUAGCAGAGGGAUGAGAAAUCUUUUAUAGAAAUAUGGAAUUUGUGAGACCUUGAAAUAAACAUUUAAAAUAAAGAUUUUUAACCAAA